GCCUCAACUAAUUCUCAUUAAUGCUCUUUAUUUGUUUGCUCCUAUAAAUAGACAUAGUAAGCAUAGUACGGUGAGUAAACCAAUCGCACUGAACAAAGAACAACACUUUGUAAAGUAGAAGUAGAAAGAAAUGGGGAAAGUUUCUAAGCGAUUUGGAUUUUUGGGCUUGAUGCUUGUGUUGCUCAUUAUUGGAGUAGCAGAAUGUAGGAGACUCGAGAAGGAGACUUUAGGAGGUGGUGGUUUUGGAGGAGGUGGUGGUGCUGGAGGCGGGUUUGGUGGUGGAAAAGGCGGAGGUGGUGGUCUUGGAGGAGGAGCCGGUGGAGGCUUUGGUGGUGGUGCAGGUGGAGGCCACGGUGGUGGUGUUGGAGGAGGGUUCGGUGGUGGUGCUGGUGGAGGCAAAGGUGGUGGUUUAGGUGGUGGUAGUGGUGUUGGAGGAGGCCACGGUGGUGGUGCUGGAGGAGGGUUCGGCGGUGGUGCUGGUGGAGGCAAAGGUGGUGGUGUUGGAGGAGGAUUUGGUGGUGGUGCUGGUGGAGGCAAAGGUGGUGGUGCUAUUGGAGGAGGCCAUGGUGGUGGUGCUGGGGGAGGAUUUGGUGGUGGUGCUGGAGGAGGGCAUGGUGGUGGUGCUGGAGGAGGAUUCGGUGGUGGUGCUGGAGGAGGACAUGGUGGUGGUGCUGGUGGAGGAUUCGGUGGUGGGGCUGGAGGAGGACAUGGUGGUGGUGCUGGUGGAGGAUUCGGUGGUGGUGCUGGAGGAGGACAUGGUGGUGGUGCUGGUGGAGGAUUCGGUGGUGGUGCUGGAGGAGGACAUGGUGGUGGUGCUGGUGGAGGGUUCGGUGGUGGAGCUGGUGGAGGUCACGGUGGUGGUGCUGGAGGAGGUUUCGGGGGUGGUGCUGGUGGAGGCCACGGUGGAGGAGCUGGUGGAGGUUUUGGUGGUGGUGCAGGAGGAGGCCAUGGUGCCGGUGGAGGGUUUGGUGGUGAUGCCGGAGGAGGCGGUGGUGGUGGAUUUUGAAUCUAGCUUUAUAGGGCUAGUUACUUGUGUACCACGCCAGGAGAGGAUGAGAUUAUAAAUGCUGGAAUUAUUAUUAUGAAUGAAAUAAAUGAUUAACAAAAAUAUGAGCUUUGCGAUGUUAA